AUUUCUUUCAGGCGUCGUUCUUGCGUAUCUGUCUUUUCUAGGGCCGUUACAUCACGAGCGUCUUCAUUGGCCAUACUUCUUGUAAUAGACACUAGCUUACAGUAAUGUUUAUUAUUGGCCUGGAUGUAGUUCAGGUCGCGUAGUCAACAAUAUGGGACACUGGUAUUCCCUAAGUCGCUACUAGCGCCUCACGGGCGCUUAGAAGUAUGGACGCUGCACCCGAUUCAAACCGGCGCAUAGACUCUAUUAUUGGCAGGCGCAAUCCUAAUGUGGCUACCCAUCUACUUGAGCAACAGCGAAGGUCCUGCAUCUCGGCCAGUCUUGGUGUCCCGACAUGGUUCCUGGGUUGCAGAACUCGCAAGCAGGAGCGCCAUCGCAAUUUCCUGGUUGACAGCAGAGCAUGUGCAGCGGCGAGCUUCUUUAAGCCGGCUCCCAAAAACAUAGGGUUGGCUGGGACGAAGACCGGUUCUUGUGAUUCUUGCAAUGGGCUACCCCCGCAUUCUCCUCGACCCUGUGAUCGCGCGGAGGUUUGUUCCGAUGAAGACGACGGGUUCCUUACGGCGUCAUCGUCCUGCCCGACACCAGGAACACCACUCGCGCAACCCGAUCAGGACUCGGUGACAGCGCUCACGCCACAGGCUUACAGGUCAGCCCAUUCUUCCCCAACCGCGACCGUUGACUCUCCCUUGGCAAGCAGCGAUGCCACAAGUCAGGAACCAGUCGCCGCGUCAGUAAAAGCCGAGCCCAACGGUGUCAUCACACUUUCACCCACUACGGCGGCAUGCGCUGUGCCACCCGACUCCGCUGGCGCUGACUGUGUGCCUGUCCUAGAUGCCAAAUGCAGCCCUCUGUCGGCCGUUACCGCAUCAACAACAUCAUCAUCACCUGCAGCAGCGCCAUCAGCAGCGGAGUCCUUGGCUGACCAGGCGGCUCAUGCGCCUCAUCCCGGACAAGAGAAGGAGCGGGAUCAUCGCCCUCAUCUCCAGCAGCAGCAGCACAGGCUUCAGUUCAGCCAUGAGGAGCAGCGCACGCAAAGGCUGCAGCAGGGCCACCACUGGCAGCAGCCCCCGCAGCCGAGCGAGCAGCGCCAGCGGCAGCUUGGGGCGCCGCAGGGCCAGGAGCAGCAGCAGGGGCCUUCGGUGCACAGCGACGGACCUGGGUGGGGGCAGCGUCCGGGUCACGGACAGCAGGUUGGGGAGCCGCAGCAUGGUCGACAGCAGCACCAGCACCAGCAGCCGGGGCAGUCCGGCCAGGUGGAGGUGGAGCCCGGCGCACCUGAGCAGCCGGUCAGCCAACCCUUGCCUUGGCAGCAGCAGCACCAGCAGCAUCAACAACAUCCCCUGCCCCAACCCGUCACAAGCCUCCCGCAGAGCCCCUCACCGCUGGCGUCACCGCCGCCGAGGCAUAACCCGCCCCAACCCCAGCCGCCAUCGCCACAGCAGCAGCUACAGCAACCCCGGCCCCAGUAUCCACCGCCGCCACCGCCAAAGCAGCAGCAGCCGCAGCGCCUGCCGCAUCCCCCACACCCGCAACAACCACCGCAAUCUCCAGCUGCACGGCAGCCCCAACCCAAUGCACCACCGCAGCAGCACCCCCUGCAGCAGCCCUCGCAGCCCUCGAAGCAGCAUGCAGCACCACCGCCACAGCCGCAGCAACCGCAGCUGCCAGCUCGAAAUGGUCAACAGCGGCAUGGUGGGUGGCUGCAGCCAGAGCAGCGCCGCCAGCCCUUCCAACAGCCGCACGCAGCAGCACACAGCGGCCGUCCGGCCGGCCUCAGCGGGCCACCGGAGGAUCUGCAUCACGUGGGCCCCCACCCGCAAGAAGGAGCCGCUGCGCCCCACGGCGGCCCCAGGGCACCACAUCUGCCUUCCUGGGGCCCACCGCGGCAGUCGCUACCCAGCCAACAACAGCUACAGCGACAACAACAACAACCAGAUUUGCAGCAGCAGCAGUUGCCGCAGCAGCGGCGGCUACAAGCAUCAAGCCAACAGCACUACCAAUACAAUGCAUUGGAGCAGCCUCCGCCACAGCAGCAGCAGGAGCAACCGCAACGGAUGCCGGUCGUGCCACCACCCUCGCAGCAGCACUUGCAUCAGCAGCAGCAGCACCCGCAGCCCACUCCGUCGCAGCACCUGCUGUUGGCGGCGUCACAGGCCUCCCAUCAGCAGCACCUGCAGCAGCCGCAGUGGCAGCAGCAGGGAUACCAGUCGCCGCAAGCGCCCCUGGGGACCCCCCUUGGCCCCCAUGCGUCUUCUUCUCUAGACGGGGCGCUGGUGCAGCCGGUAGGGCUGCUGCAGUCAGCUAGCGACGAAGCGGCGGCUUUCAGCGCUACCGCUGCUGCUGCUGUUGCUGCUGCUGCGGGCGGCGGCGCCGGAGGGCUGCAGGCCGCCGCCGUCGCGGAGGCCUUGAGGCGGCUGCAGCAGGCGGUGGGGGGUGGCUCACCGGCCAACACGCUGCUCCAGGCGCAGACACUGAUUUGGCAGCAGCAACAGCAGGAACAGCAACAACAACGCGAGCAGGAGCAACAACAACGCGAGCAGCAGCAGCAACAGCAACGGGAGCACCAGCGACAGCACCAGAAAUGGGAGCAGCAGCAGCAACAGCAAGGGAAUCAGCACAGGUAUGAAUUGCAACCGCAUGCCCAAUUGCAGGGCGCACCGCAUGCACAGGCUUGGGCCCACUUGCAGCAGCAACAGCAGCAACAACAAGGCCAGCAGCAGCAGCAGCGGUUAACCCACCAGCAGCACCAGCAACUGGAUCAGCGCUUCCCCCAGGCGGCUGCGUCCCAUGCGCCCUCACGUCCGCUGCCUGCCAACCAAGCAACCAACCCUCGCGGCAUGCAUGCAACGCCCCCGCCCGCUAAGGCCUCGCAUCCCUCGACCCUGCAGACAGCGCCUGCUGGGGAGGCCCCUGUCCCUCUACAGCAGCCGCCGGAGCCGCCGCGGCAGCAACCCCAGCAGCCGCCACCACGGCAAGUACGGCAGCAGCAGCAGUAUGCAGAUGCCGGGCCGCUUCCCUUGAUGCAGCAGGAGCACUGGCAACCGGAGCGACACGAGCCGCGCUACCAGCAGCAGCAACAACAGCAGCAGCAGCAGCACCAGCAGCAGUACCAACAGCAGCAGCAGCAGCUUGGGCCCAGGGAGCUGCAGGGCCCACUUGGUGGCCAGCAAGCUGCACCUGAGAGGCAGGUGCCGCUGCAGCGGCAGUACCAACAACGCUACCACAAAGCGGACCACCAUCAGCAGCAGCUGCUGCAGCUGCCAGCACAGCACCUGCAGCAAGCGCCUGGUCCCAUGCAUCGGCCCCUCGUGCCCCCUGAGGAAGCGGCCUGGUCGCAAUUCCUGGGUGAGUACGAGAAGUACGUGGCGGCUGUGCUCGCAGCGAGGACGACGACGGCAGCUGGCACCGCCCUGCCUGCCCCAUCCUCACCUCGCCACCCCUCCAUGGCAGCCGCAGCAAUUGCAGCGACAGCGCUGCCGCCAGUCAAGCUAGCGGCGGCGGCGGAGCGUGUACUGCAAACGGACGUGUUGGAGGCGCUGUGGGCAGCCGGGGAGGGACUGGCCGGGGCUGCGGCGCGGGGGCAGCGAGCGGCGCUGGGUGCGGAGCUGCUCACCAUUGGCUGGCCUCUCCCCCCCGCCUCCGGCCCGCUGCUGCCCCGCGCCGCGGUGCUGCUCCGCUACCUGGUCACCUCCUCCCUGGCGCACCACACCCUGCUCGCCUCUCCGUCUCCUGCCGCUGCCGCUGCUGCCUGCCCCGCUGCUGCAGCGGAGUGGGGGCUGCGGGCCGCGCAGGUGGCUCGGGCGCUGCUGCGGCGGUGCGGGGUGGCGCCGCUGGACCGCCUGGCGCGGUCGCUGACACUGGCCCGCCUGCUGGUGACGGUGCAGGAUGCUGUGCUGCUGCACCGCGGCGGCUCCAGCCCCGCCGCCCCGCCCCCCGCCUGGCUGCCGGGCCUACCGCUGCUGCGGCACCUGGCGGACCGCCUGCAUGAGGCAGCGCACUUCGCCUGCCUGGAGACGCCGCAGCAGGGGCCGCAGCUGCACGCAAGGCCUCGGCCGCUGCAGCGCGGGGGGAAGCAGUCGGGACCCUUGCACCCACAGCAGCAGCUGCAGGAUGGAGAUGCGAGGCGGGCUGAGAGCCACCUAGCCGCGCUGUCGGAGUGCGAGGCGGUGCGGGAGCUGGGAGAGAAGGUGGUGGCGGCACGACUAGUGGCGACAUGCGGCGGGCAGCGCGCAGGCGAUGCGUUUGUUCGGGCCCUGCGCAGCAAUGCUCGGAUGCAUGCGGAGGCGAUCCUGCAUGGCGCGGGUGGGGGGAUGGGGCCAGGCGGGCUGGGCCCCCCGGGCAGCAGCAGGCGGGCGGCCCUGGCUCAGGUGAUGCUGGAGUGGCCCAAGUGGCC